UAUAUUUCGGAUAGCAGUAUAAAAAAGAAACAGAAGUCAGGAACAAACAAAUGCUAGCAUUAGCAAUUAGGGUACUGAGAAGAGGGAGGGGGAGGAACUCAAUUUCCCAGAAUUCAUUUCGGGCGCACGCAAAUUGCGCGCCUUUCCAUCUUGUUCCUCCCCGAAGCGGAGUCGUUGUUGUUGUUCUGGGAGAAAAAUGGCGGCGGCUGGAGGCGGACUGUCCGCCUCGGCGGUGUUUGCGGGCGCGAAUCCGUCCGCGCCGGCGCGGUGCCGCUUUCCCGGGCGACCGUGUCCGUGUCGGGUCCGUCAGAAGAGCGAGAAGAAGAGAGUUGCGCGGCCGGGGGUGGAAGCGGCCGAGGAGGCGGUAGCGGCCGAGGCGGUGGAAGCGGGCGGCCCCGUUGAGCCGAGGCCCAUUGCGUACGCGCUGAAGGAAGACCCGACUUUACUCCACAUGCUGAGACUCGGCGAGCGGCUCGCGCGCCAGAACGAGGCGGGAUUCUCCACGAGCGGCAGCGACGAGGAGAGAGAUUUUACAGGCUUUCAGACUGAAGGUCGAAGGGCUUUACGCUCUGGACAAGAUGUUUCACAAAAAAGUUCUUUCAAAUCGGCCACGAAGGGAAAGCCGUUUCUUGCUCCUGGUUCAUCUGCAAACAAAGUCAGCGUUUCAAAAAGAGGAUCACGGGUGACUACGGAAACGGCGAGAUCAUCACCUUUGGAGAACGGGGGAAGACGUCAGCACGGCGCCAGGAAACCCAAAGUAGUCGUUAAACUGGCUACGACAAAGAUACCAAGGGAAAUGCUCAGGAGUCGAGAAAAAACAUCUGAGAAAGAGAAAAGGACUGCGUUCUCACGUAAAGAAGAAAACGGAGGUAUAGAAAAUGAGGUAUUGGGUGAGCCAGGCGUGGAUGCUGAAAGAACGAGAACGCAGCCGGGACGCACCGGUCUAAGGAGGCGAGGGAAACUUGUGUGGAAUUUAACGCUGAUUAAGCGGAGAGGAAGAGAUUCCAAAAAGAACCUGGCGGAGAAUUUGGGAAGACGUUCAAUCAGAGGGUGCUCGAGGACUGCUGAGUCGAACAAGGCUCAGGAAAUAGUUGCUAUUGACGACCAAGGUGAUUCUGUAUCUCCAAAACCUGAUCCAAAGCAGAAGAAAGCCUACGACGUGGCGAGUGCCUCUCCGGAAGAGGAAGAACUUGUGGAUGCUGCUUCUUCAAAUGGCACCGAAGGCAUUCCAGACAGUGGUCCAGUUUUUCCCGCGAAAUCCCUCGCUGCCUUAAAGCGACGCAGAUCUUUAUUUAGCCAUCGUAGGAAGCCAGAGCUGAAGCUAAAGGAGGAUCAGACAGCGAUCGGGAGUGGAGUCCCCCGGAAAAGGCAACGGCUCGUCUGUAACACCUACGAAGCAGUGGCAUCUCCGGUGAAUCCAGAACUACCAGCACCGGUGGCGAAUCAGCACGUGCUCAUGGACAACGUGACGAGUAGCCGGCCGUCCCGGGUGAUCAGGAUGCCGAGAAGGUUCAUGGAUGAUGAAGGAAUGUCUGGACCACUGGGAAAGAAGGUUGUUCAAACAGAGAACCAAGACAAGCCUUGCAGCGACUCUGAAGUAACAAACCAUUCCCAAACUCCCAAGAUCGGAAACAAACAAAAAAGCACAAACAAAAGAGCCAUAUCUGACAAGGUGGAGAACCUCGAUGGAAAGCUUGUGGAGUUGAAACCAAGCGGCCUGACUGCUGUUCCACGCAAGAAAGUGGGGAGACCUUCAUUUGAUAGUACUCAUCUCAAAGUCUAUGAGGGUUUAAAGAUGCUUACAGCAAGCUUGACUCAGAGGAAGGAACAGCGAAUGGCUAGCACUAAUUCCAAAGCCCUCUGUGAAAAAGUGGAGUGCGAGAACCACGAAUCUCUGAUAAAAUGGAGGAGCUCCGAUAUAAAGAUUGGGGAUUUGGACUGUCCAGGAAUUGUACAUAAAGUGGCUGUACAUGCUAACGAUGAAGUGAUCAGUCAGCCAGAGCUUCUGUCUGUCGAAGGAUUUGAAACCACGGCAGAUGCGGAGAGAACCAGCGCGGAGGGUGAUACCGACGUACAAAGCACUGGUGCCGGGAAGCCCGAGUCGAUGUCGGCCCCGGGAGGUUCCUUUCACAAAAUCAGCGUCUCUGGCGCCAACAAGAGGAUGCUUCACCUGCUGAAACGGGCCAAGGUGCAGCUGAUUAAAAUCGACCAGCAGAAACAGCUGAAGACGGCUCAGCUGAUGUCCGGUACAGUGCGAGUCGGAGACGGAGGUGUCAUGAGCAUGAAGAGGAGCAGGAGAAAUAGAAUAGUCAGGACGAACAAAGAAGAGAUUCCUCAGGGACAGCCAGUCGGAGGCCCACGUAUAAAACACGUGUGUCGGGCAGCGGCAGUGGCACUCGGGCAGCCCCGUGCCAUGGUACCUGAAGACAUCCCUCGACUCUCUGCUCUGCCUUUACACGAGCGAGAAGGCAUUGCACCUUCACAAGACACUGAGGAGCUCGGUUCUCACUCGGAACCAGAAAGCAGUGAAACCGGCUCCAUUGAACAGAGGCACACGCACAAACAGAAAGCGUUCGGUCUGCGACAGCGGCGCUGCUUCAGCUGCAAGGGCUGUUGUCGUGUAGAGGACUGCGGGGCCUGUGUUUUCUGUCUGGAUAAACCAAAAUACGGAGGACCCAACAAAAAACGACAGAGCUGCGUCUACAAGAAGUGCUUACGGAUCGAAGAGAACAAAGUGAGACGACUGAAAGUUCAGAUGAAGCGACGUCCUGCGUGCGGCCAAACCGCUGCGUACAGUGGUGCCGAGGAAGAGGACGAGGGAGAUGUCACGGCAGACGCUCUAAACACUAACGCUCUAAGCUCUGUCCGGCGGCAGCCCAGGCGACAGGUCACACGCCGAUGCUUCAGCGACUUGCUAGAGUCGGACUCGAACGACACAGACGCUUCUGCUGAAGAUGUGAUCAAGGAACCCAGCAGUAGUGAGCCGAGUAUUAAGGCUAAUGAAAUUGUUACACCUGCUGAUACUCAAGACGAGGCAGUGAAAUCACGAAGGCCUGGGAUGACGAAAGCGCUGUGGGGACGGCGACGAAUGAAUAAGAGUUGCCCUACCUCACAGGCGCUGGAGCGCUCUGUACCAGGAAGUCCAUCUGAAAAGCUCGGGCUGAGGCUCCAGCUGCGACUGCACAGACUGCCACUUAGCUUGGUGCGAGCUGCUGAAGUGUCUUCGGUGGCUGUGCCUUUCCAGCCCGGUGACAAAAGAGCACAAGAAGAGGAGGCGGAUAGAGAAACGCGGGUUGUGAAGGAGGGAGUUCUGCAGCGACCCCUUACUGACCCCUGUCUUCCUCAUUCCCAGAGCUCAAUGGAGCACAUGCCACCCAGCGUCCUGGCCACACUGGCCAAAGGCUUCGUACACCGGGAACGACAGGCGCAGGAGCCAGCGCACAAAAUCCGGGUAGACUUUAAGGAAGACUGCAACAUUCAGAAUGUCUGGGCGAUGGGAGGACUGAGUGUCCUUAUGUCCGUUCCAAUUACAGCGGAGUGUGUGUGUCUGCUGUGUGCUAGUAAAGGCCAUCAUAACAUGAUAUUUUGUCAGAUGUGCUGCGAACCCUUCCACCGCUUCUGCCUUCCAGCAGACGACCGUCCACCGAAAGAAAACAAGCAAAACUGGUGUUGCAGGCGCUGCAAAUUCUGUCACGUUUGUGGUAGCAAGAGCAAACAGCCGGUUUUGCAGUGCAGAAGGUGCUUUUACUGCUACCACCCAUCCUGUCUAGGGCCCAUGUAUCCCAAACCUGGAAAGUAUAACACACCUUGGGUAUGUAUGCUGUGUAUUCGGUGCAAAAGCUGUGGGGUGACACCGGGAAAAUCCUGGAGCACUUCUUGGAAUCAUGAGCUUGAUCUCUGCCCUGAUUGCAGUAACCUUCACAAACAAGGAAACUUCUGCACGGUGUGUCUCAAGUGCUAUCCUGAGCAUGAGUUCGACAUGAAGAUGAUGCAGUGUGCUCGAUGUGCCCACUGGGUACAUCCCAAGUGUGAGGGACUGACAGAUGACUUGCAUGAGAUUCUGAAGAGGUUGCGGGGGAAAAGUUUGGUGUUCUCCUGCGCCGCCUGCAGUAAAAACUUCCCCAGUGGCUGGCAGGAAGUGGUGCAGAGUGUACUGCGCAGCGGUCUCGAGAAGAUCAUGAAUGGCCUGACGAGCUCCCUGACCACCUCUCACAUCCUGAAAUGCUCAGAGUGUGAAGCCUGUUCUGAUGCUGACAGCGAGCAGAAUCGAAAGAUGAUUUGUCAUCUUCAUGCUGUGGAGAGGAAGCUUAAAGGCGGCUCGUAUACUUCACUGAAAGCAUUUCAUGAGGAUGUGGUGACUGUCCUGGUAAAGCAGCUCCAACAAGAAGAAUCGCUUCAAGAGGAACAGAGGCCCACUGCUCAUGUCAGAGCUUUAUAUGUAAAGUUACUGGAGCAAACUUUCAGUUGGUUUAACAUUCAGGAUCCUAGAGCGUGGAAACCUUUGAGGAAAGAAUUCCCAAGUGCAAUGCUCCCAGAGGCAGUAAUGCCCCCAUCUGAAGAGCACAGUUAUGCCCAGUGGUUGAAGGAGCAUGAUCAAACGAUGGCAAAGGAGAACCAAGAGAAUCGUUUAUUGAAAGCACGAGGAAAAGAUCUUCAGAACAUCCACCGAUGUGAUGCAGACAACAGACACUGUUCUCUUUGCCAGCAGCAGGGUGACGCCAAGCCCACUGAGGCGGGCAGGCUGCUGUAUCUGGGCCAAAACGAGUGGGCUCACGUGAACUGCUGCAUCUGGUCAGCCGAGGUGCAAGAACUCAGAGGCGCAUUGUUGCACGUGCACAGUGCCGUGGCCAGGGGGCGUUUCAUGCGUUGUGAGCGGUGCGGCCAUGCUGGAGCGACAGUGGGCUGCUGUCUCUCUUCCUGUCAGAGUAACUACCACUUCAUGUGCGCUCGUGCCAGCCAUUGUGUCUUCCAGAGCGACAAGAAGGUCUACUGUUACAAACACCGGGACCUCAUCAGCAGCAAGGUGAUGAAUGGGUUUGAGGUUCUCAGACGGGUUUAUGUAGAUUUUGAAGGAAUCAACUUUCGAAGGAAGUUCCUAACAGGCUUGGAGCCAGAGUCCAUAAAUGUCAUGAUCGGCUCUUUGCAGGUACAGAACUUGGGUGUGCUGACGGAGUUAUCUGCAAAUGCAGGAAAACUGUAUCCUGUGGGUUACCAGUGCACUCGGUGGUACUGGAGCACAGUCGACCCACGAAGGCCAUGCAAGUACACCUGCACUGUGAUCGAUGUACAUCCAUCAUCAGCGAGGAAAACGCCAUAUCUAGCACAAAACCAGGAAGAGAAUUGCACUAUUGCACACAGCCCAAAACAACAGGAAGGUGCCUUUCCCCAAGCACCCUUCCCCAAUUCCAAACUGGACUCAGGAACAGGAUCUAAAACUACCGCACACACUCAUAACCGGAGACCAGCCGGCGGGACUUUCAAACCAUUGCCAUCACCAGGAACUGCAGUUUCGACCCCACAUCACAUCCUGACCAUCAGUGAUCUUGACGAGACGCGGCGGUCAAGAAGGCUUUCCUUGCGCAGCCGAAAUGCCUCACCUACCCAAACAUCCCCCUCUGGGCCAUUGAAAUUAAGCUCAGGCGCUGGUCUUCAUCCUCGAUCGUUGUCAUUUAGUUCGCCUGUCUCUCCACUGAGCACUCAUGAAAACCCCAUGUCACCUCGCCGAAGGGGCCGUCCUCCUUCCUCGCCUUCCGGGGCUACUUCGGCGUACUCCCCUCGGCAAGGCGCGGUCGCGAGCCCCCCUUCAACGUUCGUCUUGUCACCGUGUCACUCUCCAAAGAUUCAGCAGCCUUUAAAGGCGACGCCACAAGAGUCUGCGGAAGUACCUCAAGAUUUCUCUGCUUCUUUAGAGCCGGAAGACGCUGCUGGAAUGCCGGAGGAAGGGAUCUCCAUGCUUGAUGGUGAGACGGUUCCGCUGACGUCAGACCCAGACUUGCUCUCAACACAAUUUGAUACCGACACGGAUGUAGCUGUUGCCUCAGUGCUAAAUGAGAAAAUUGAAUUUGAUGAGGCUUUGUUAAAUGAGAACGUGGCCUUGCACUUUGGCCAGCAUGGUAGCGGAGCAGAAGUGGCAGAGCCAGGACACGGUUUAUUGACAGAAGGAAACGGCUUGAUCGAUGAAAAUCAGCUUUCAGGCACGGAUGCCAGUACAUACGGCUCCAGAAUGAAAGAUUUUCCUGGCCUUUCAGCCCCUGAAGAGCACAUAGAGCAAGGUUCAACUAACGAAGACUCAGAUCAUUAUUUCAAUUUCUCUCGCACAGUAGUAGUUUGCGAUUCUGCGAAGGAUUCUGCACAAACAGGGUUAACGCUCCUUCCUACAUCGCAGUCGAUCUCACAGCUGGACGGAGCAGACAACAAUUCAGAAAGUGAUCCAGGUGAAGCCAGCGAAGAGGACAGUACUCAGGAUGUAGAGAAUAGUUAUCAUAGUCAGGACCAAUCGAAACCUGUUGGAAAAGCCUCUGGUAGCAGGGUCUUUGGGACAGAAUCGGUACAUAUGGGUGACGAACCAAAUAUGUCUGAGGUAUUUCAGGGAUCUGAAACGAGUAGUGACGUGAUCGUCGACUCUAUCACACAAGAAGAUGCACUUAUGAAGGAUUUAACGGUGCAGGAGAUGCAGCUGACCCCCAGCAGGGAUCUGCUCGCCGGGCAGGAGGACAUUCUAAUGGACAGCGAAGUGGUGCUGGAUCCGGCUAGUGUGAAUUUAGUCUCCGCUCAAGAUGGCAGCUUGGCGAAUACGUGCGACUCUUCAAUGUUGGCUAACAAUAAAAAAGAUCUAGAGCAGAUUGUCUUACCACAAAUACAGUCUUUGAGCGGUGGUGGAAAAGUGAGAAUCAUCACAUCAGCCUCAAAUAGAAAUUUUAUCAUCCCCCAGCCUAUGACCCUAAACAGAGUAGUCAAAGUGACCGUUCCUGCGGUGACGUCUUUGCCUCUGUCGUUACCCGUUAACACUGUUUCCGCCUCACCUACGCUCUCAGUUUUUCCACAAAGAAACCAUGUGGUCACCUCCUCUCCAGCUAUAAUUAAUGGUCUGAACGCUCAGCUCAAGGAUGCAACAAAGGGCCGACCUCUUGCCAUCCGCCUUCCUACCUCUACAAAAACGAGUGUGACUGGUGCAUUGACUAAUCCGAAAGUUUUCCUCAUCAACCGCUCUUGUCAAAUUUUAGUAAAGGACCCACAGACCAAUAGUUACCAGCUGCAGAAUGCUAAUUCUUCUUCUUACAACCAAAUCAGCCAGAUCGCCAAGAUCAUCCACAAUCAAAGCCUUGUGAAUAGAGCUGCCCCCAGGGUCAUGGUGACCCCAGUAUCGCAAGCUAAUCCCAGCCAAGGUCCAACAACCCAUAUAAUAUCGUACACCAAUGGCGCAGCACCCCCGACUAAACUCUUGAUCCGGAGACUACCUCUGAACUCUUCAGCAGUGCAGAUGAACAACAGCGGUAUUCUUACGAGUGGAACCAGCACCGUCAAGCUCAACAAUGUGUCUGCGCCAAGCACGGCAGCGCUAGAAAGGAUCCAAGGGGACAACGCACAGGCUAUAAUUGAAAAAGCAAUGGCAAGCCACAGGGACAUGGCAAAGCCAAGUGUGCUGAGCCCAACCCAUGUUCAGGUUUACCCACAGGCUAAUACGCUAAAGUCUCCGGAUGUGGUUAAACAAUUUCAAGGAUUGCAUUGCCAGACUAAGCCCAACACUCAGUCCAAUUCAAAGCCUCAGGUCAGGGUCAAGAGGGUGUCGUCAGUAUCGGAGCGAACUGGUUUAAAACCUUUCAAGCCCACCCUCAUAGAGCAGACAGCUCUUAGCUAUCAGGAUGAAUUAAACCGAUCCAUCGGAGUCCGUAUUAAAGCCCCAACCAUUAAAGAGGUACUGCAUUUCAAGCAGCCUGAAGUCGAAAAUCGUUGCGAACCAAAGAGUAACGAAGCCAAAGAUCCCGAAAUCAAAAGAACAACUCCAAAAGAAUGCGAGCCAUUCGAACCGCCAGAAAACGAAAGCGAUCACGACGACGCUUGGAUCGGCGCUAAGCACAAUGACUUGUAUGACUGGGGGACCUAUUCAGGGUGGAGCUCAGAUGAAGAUUCUCCGCCCCCGUUCAACAGCGACGAGGAUAUGUGUUUGGGUCAGGACAGGCCACACUUAUUGUUCAGGAUCACUAGUGAUGAAGGUUUCAGUGUGGAGGCCAAUAGCAUAGAACUGGCUUGGAAGGCGGUCAUGGAUAGUGUCCAAGAGGCACGGGCAGUCUACAGGCUUGAGCAGCUACCACUAGGCAUAAUAAACAGUGCCAGGUUACUGGGGGUGGUUCAUCAUGCUGUGCUGUAUUUACUAGAGCAGCUGCAGGGGGCAGCACAGUGCAACAAACAUCGCUUCCGUUUCCACAUGCAAGAAAACGCAGAGGAAGAGCUCCCAAUAAACCCCAGUGGCUGCGCUCGGGCUGAAGUUUAUACGAGGAAAAACACAUUUGACAUGUUUAACUUCCUGGCCUCGCAACACCGCCAGCUUCCUGAGAGCAGGCCGUGUGAUGAAGAUGAGGAUGACGUCAGGCUCAAAUGCAGCAGACGCGCAACCAGCACGGAGUUGCCAAUGGCGAUGAGGUUCAGACAUCUUGAAAAAACUUCUAAAGAAGCCGUCGGGGUUUACAGAUCUGCUAUUCAUGGGCGUGGCCUCUUUUGCAAGCGCAACAUCGAAGCUGGAGAGAUGGUAAUCGAGUACGCUGGGAUUGUCAUUCGCUCGGUCCUGACUGACAAGCGGGAGAACUAUUACAGCAGUAAAGGCAUCGGCUGCUACAUGUUUCGCAUCGACGACUUCGAUGUAGUGGACGCCACCAUGCACGGCAACGCAGCCCGCUUUAUCAACCACUCGUGUGAGCCGAACUGCUACUCGAGGGUUAUCAACGUGGAAGGCCAGAAGCACAUCGUGAUCUUCGCGCUGAGGAAGAUAUACCGCGGAGAGGAGCUGACAUACGACUACAAAUUCCCGAUCGAAGACGCCAGCAGCAAGCUGAACUGCAACUGUGGGGCUCGGCGCUGCAGACGCUUUCUCAAUUAGGAGAAAAGAGAACAGCGUGGGCAAGCCGGGAAGAAAUUAAUAGAAUGGAAGAAAUGAAUGGAGAAAAGUGUAUUAAUUACAUCUUAGAAAUCUGUCCACACUCCCAGCAGAGGUCUAGUCUACAGAAAGCUUAAACAUUUCUACAGCACAGCUAUCCAUUAUAGGGGGCGUGCAGGAGAACAAAAAUGGAAAAGGAACAUUGUGUAUGUCCUCUGUUCAUUACAGUAACUCUGAUCAACAUUGGGUGUGUGUGAAAAUCAUUUGUAUAUAUUUCAAAGCGUCCACUUGGUGCGUGAUAUAGCAUGUAGCCGGCUUCACAAGACCUGGAGGAAACACUUGCUGGAACCCUCCUCGGCCUGUGACUGUCAAGUGCUAAUGCUGAGCUAGCUAGCGUAGGUCCUGUGCGAUGGGCAAUUACUUAACAUGAAGGCGUUCGAGUUUUCCGUUUCCGUUCUUACGUCCAGAAAAGUUCUCUUUGUACCUUUUUCGUAUUUUUUUUUUUUUACCGCAAAAUCCAGAGCCACUCUUUGAUCUUAUGAUGAUAAACGAGCGUUCCCAGCUGUUCCGCUGGACCUCAACAAAAACCAGGGCUUUGGAAUAAACGCAGACAGUAUUUUAAUUUCUUUUCCCGAAAUGUGUUCUUGCUACUGACUUUAAAGCUUUCCAUUCGUGAAGAAUCCACCGUUCGCACCUUAGCGUUGUGGCUUCGUGUUUUAUCAGAGGGAAGCCGGAUUAUUGCAGCUCAUUUUCACUAAACACGUCUGAGGUUUUAAUGAAGGUCAUUUUCACUGCUAAACCCUCCAAUUUUCAAUUCCCUUCCAUUGCUGCAUGAAAUCUUGACACCUCAAGACUUACAAUCUACUUACUGCAGCCUCCUACUGUCAAAUACUUGUACAGUUUAUUAUUAUUAUUUUUUACCCCGUGUUUUGAACUAUAAGAAACGGGUGUAUAUAAAGGAAGGCGUUCAGUGGUCUGCACUGGAAAAGUUUUAAAAUUUUAAAUAAAUAUCUAGUUUUUAUAUUUUUUUUUUUUGUGUGUGCUUUUGGAAAGUUUCUUGUUCCCUUUUCCGUCAACACCAUUCAAAACAUAAGCUGUGAAACCUUCCAGCUGAAAGCAGCACAGUCACAGCAGACGUACCCGACUCAUAAAUGAGAAGUUAUUUUACUUUGAAAGGUCAAAUGAGUAGCCUGAAGAGAGAACCAUCUUUCUUACAACUAUGAAUGAUUCCUUAAAUAAAUUCUCUCUUUAAAUAAUACCAGGAACUUUCAGAGUCUACUACCUCAGUGGCUAACGACCAGUCAUGGCGAGUGAAACAUCACGAACGCUAGCAUAAACCGUUGCUAAUAUGUUCUUCAUUAGCAUGAAAUGUAUGCAAUGUGACUGCAGGUGUUUUUUUUUUUUCUUCUUUUGUUGUUUUUUUUGCUUCAGGUCCCUAACCUGUAUUUAUGUACAGUAUGUUUGUUGUUUCAAUAUGAAGAGUAAGGAUUGAGUCCUUUGUUUAGCUUGAGGAACUGCUUCCAUGUUAUUUGGCACAAUGGCAGUCUUUUGUAUAUGGUUGUACAAAAGUUUAGAAUUUUUUUCAAGCACUUUUUUUUAUUUAUAAUACUCUAAAUGUAAUAAAGACGAAUUUAAACAAAAA